CUGAGGAGUCGAAGAACCUACCACAACGACAGAUCAAACCCGUGCAUACGUCAGCUCCCACUCUGAGGACAAUGGAGACACAAAGUUCGUCCAAGCUGAGUAGGCUACCAACAUUAGCCACAGGGAUGGCAUCAAUCCAGUCACCUGAGUAUUUGGCGCUAGCUGACAGUAAGCGGCACCUUGAAAACUGGUCCAACUGGAUGAAGAGGGAGUCGAAGGUGGCCUUCGAGAUUAUGUUGUCCUAAGCUCUCUGACUCCGACAGUCUUCCACCUUCUCAGGAGCAGACAAGCCCGAUUCCCUCCAAAUAUAAUUGGUCUGUCUGCUGAUUUUACUCCUUCAAUAUGCCUGGACGUCGGAUCACACGCAAGUUAUCCUACACUGACGAGACCAUAAAAGCAGCUAUAACAGCAGUCAAAGCUGGAAUGACUUUAAGGAAGGCAUCCUUGCAUUAUAACAUACCGAAAUCAACAUUAGCCGAUAGACUUUCAGGAAAAAGAUCAGCUUUGCCUGUCAGAGGCCCAAAACCUGUACUAACAAAAGACGAAGAGAAAUGUUUGAAGUGUUGGAUCAAAGAUAUGUCAAAAUGUGGAUUCAAGUUAACGGGGGAAGCGAUCCGUCAAUGUGUCAAACAAUAUCUGGAUCAAUGUGAAUGGAAAGUCGAUAUGUUCAUGGAUAAUUUACCAGGAAAGUCGUGGUUGUAUGGAUUUAUGUCGAGACACCAAGAUCUAAAUAUAGGUUCGGUCAACAAAUUGAAGGGCAAUAAAAAACCAAUGACCGCAAAAGAAAAUCAUACGCGUGACUGGUUGAAACGCUUCCAAGAAAUGCUUUUGGAAGAAGACAUUACACAGUCAGAACAAAUCUAUUAUUGUGAUGAGAUUAGCUUUCCAUUGCAUUCAAAAACUGGGAAACUUGCAACGGACGUCUUAAUGAAAGACGACUAUCGUUUAACUUCUCCAGGCUAUUCACAAAUAACUGUACUGAUGGCUGUAUGUGCUGACGGAAGAACCCUUUUGCCGUUUGUUGUGUACCCUGCUAAGACUUUCAGUGUUUCUAUAACGAUUGAUCUCCCGGCUGGUACAAAAGCUAUUCAUUCAGAUUGUGGAGGGAUGACACAAAACACCUUUUACUCGUGGCUGAAAGAUUGUUUCAUUCCGUCUCUCCCGACCCUUGAAAAUCGGGGCAACGUUGUAUUAUUGUUGGAUGAUCAUAAAUCGCAUAAAGAUAUUUGUUGUAGCACUUUGUGCAAAGUAAACAAUGUUAUUCUUUUUUGUUUGCCAUCGCGUUGCAAUCAAAUUCUACAACCAUUGACCAAUAUAUAUGCAGAACCAUUGAAAGCCAAGUGGCUCCAAGCAUGUGAAGAAUGGAUCCGAACUAACGGUGUUUCUGUUGAUAAAAUAACUUUUGCUAGAGUUUUCAAGAAAGCUCAUAUAAAUGCUUUAAAUGAAUUAUCCGUUGUAAGUAACUUUGCACUUGCGGGUAUCUGGCCCUUAAAUCAACAUAUUGACCAUGAGGCUACCGACAUUUCACCAACAUCUAUCACUGAUUUAGAUGUUUCUUCAAUUUCAUUAUCUGAUACGCACCAUAGAUUAACUUCUCAACCGGUAGCAUCUUCUCUGGUAUUAAAUGUAUCUAAUAUAAGUAAUGAGACUGAACUUGAGGAAGCUUCAUCUUUUAAUCCGUUUGAAUUAAAAAAUGCAUCCACUUCCAAAGAAUCAAUGUCGCCAUCACCACAACCUCUUUCUUCUUCUGUGAUUACAUCAAUUUUGCAAAGCAGUGGAACUUCAUCUUUGAAUGGUCAAAGUAACUCUGAGGUCAUCACACCUCGACAUUCACCAACGAAAUCGAAAGUGCUUUUAGCACUUGAGGCAAUAGAGACAACACUUAGUCCUGAUGAACAAAUCUUGUACAGAAGAAACUUUGAGUUCAGUCUUCCGUGUGAUGAUGUUGUGUAUCAUUGCUGGAAGCUGCUAAAACUGCAUUUAAAGAAAGAAGAAAGCAACCAGCUGAAAUUAGAAUAUAACCAAGCCAAGAAAGAUUCAUUGGUAACUCAGAAAAAGUUAUACAAUCUCUUGAAAACCAAGCAAAAAGCAAUAAAGUCAAGAAAAAAUGACCUUCCGAAAGGGAAACAAAAGCCGAGAACUAAACGGGAUACUAAAACAGCAAUGAAAAUAAGGACCACAAGGGAUACUAAAACAGCAAUGAAAAUAAGGACCACAAAGAAAAAAAAUGCAAUUUUAAAAGUAACCAGGUAAAAAUAAAACAAAUACUGCUGCAAACCUGGUUGACUUAUAAAAAAACCUGAAGUUGUUUACACUUCUGAGGAAUCAGAACCUUCAAGUCAAGAGAAAAAAGACCGAGUUCUAACUUGCAUGGUUUUUUGUCUGAUAUGUAGAAUAUGUUAUAUUCAAAAAGAUAAGAAUGGGUAGAUUUUGCUGAUAGAAGGAGGACAAUGCAAGCUGGGUGGAAUACUUCAUGGAGACUCUAAAUCACCCCUGGUCAUCUGAUACUCUCACAGUAGCUGACCGGAUGGCAAAACAGCUUCAAGGUACAAGGGAACCCAUUAUUGAAGAUGAGGUCAUCUGGGCUCCCAAAAAACCUAAAGAACAGUAAAAUUCCAGCUCAGGAUCUCAGAUUCAGAAACAAUGGUCUAGAAUUAAUGCAAGUUUAGAUAACAAUACAUAAUAAAGGACAAUGAUGUGACAUUGUCGUUGUCUGUAAAAUGUGGAAAAAUAAUGUUGAGAAAAAAAAUUGUAA